GACGGCACCUUUCUAACCGGAAGCCGUCACGGCGAGGGCCGGUGCUGGGGACUGGCCGGAAGCGCCCAAAUACAGCGGCUGAAUGCGCCUGUGUUCCAGCUCUGAACCCGGCCGCCGCCUCCCACGACCAUGCUGCUGCCGCGCCUGACAAUGCGGUUCGCCAGGGCCGUCCACUGGGCAGGGUGCAGUUGGCUUGGCUCCGUGGCUCCGGGCAGUCAAGCCUGCCAGCGCCCACAUAGCUUGCAGCCUGCAGGCCUGAGCAGGGCGGCCUCCCUUCCUGGCAAGGGGGCCCAGUUGGAGCUUGAGGAAUUGCUGGUCCCCAGGAAGAUGGCCAUCAGCCCCCUUGAGAGCUGGCUGACAGCUUGCUACCUCUUGCCCAAAUUGAAUGCUGGGGCCCCAGCCACUGUGACUCCAGGCCAAUUCUACAAGUGUCCACCUAGCCAGGUGGAGGAGGGGACCAAGCAGGUGGACGAGGCAGUCUGGGAUGCACCGCAGAUGCAGUGCAAAAAUGUCCUGAAGAUCCGCCGGCGGAAGAUGAACCACCACAAGUACCGCAAGCUGGUCAAAAGAACUCGGUUCCUAAGGCGCAAGGUCCGGGAAGGACGUUUAAAACGGAAGCAGGUCAAAUUUGAGAAAGAGUUGAGGCACAUCUGGCUGAAGGCAGGCCUGAAGGAGGCACCCCCAGGCUGGCAGACCCCCAAGAUCUACAUGAAGGUCAAAUGAGCCUGGAGUUUUGUUUCCAUGCCCCACGUGCUGCUGGUGACCAUUGUAAUAAACAUUGGGAGGACUGUG